GUCUCUCGUCUUCACUCUUCAGGUGUUUAUCUGUUGGCACAACUUCCAUGUCGUCAAUGAUGAUGAGCAGCAAUAGAGACAGAGAAGAUGUCCUCACCUUCACCAAUCCUUCAUCCUCUUCUUCCCCAAUCACCUUCUCAGACCAGCUCGAUAGUUACCUCACCGACCCAAGUUCGCUCAUCGGAAGUGCCUCCGGGAGUUUACAGAACGACAGCCUCCUUAGCGGUGGAGAUGGCGGAAUCAGCAAUAACGAUGCUGAGUUCGGCUUCUCUCGGCCUGAUUUCCGGCAGAGUCCACUCGUUGGGACCGUCGAGUUCUAUGAACGCCAUAUCUUUCUUUGUUACAAGAACCCUCGGGUUUGGCCUCCUCGCAUUGAGGCUGCCGAGUUCGACCGCUUGCCCAGGUUGCUUUAUGCAGCGGUCAUGGCCAGGACUGGUGAUAUGAAGAAGCAGACUCGCUUAACGAUAUGUGAGGGGCGUGAUGGGGCUGAAACAUCAAAUGGAGAUGUAUUAAUCUUUCCAGAUAUGGUCAGAUACAGGAGGUUGACACAUUUUGAUGUUGAAACAUUUGUUGAAGAAGUUCUUGUGAAGGAUGGAGAAUGGCUUCCUGGAACUCCUGAAGCCUUAAAAACUUCAUAUGUAUUUGUUUGUUCACAUGGAUCCCGCGAUCGCAGAUGUGGGGUUUGUGGACCUGUCUUGGUGAGUAGAUUCAGGGAAGAGAUAGAGUUACAAGGUCUUCAAAAUAAAGUGUUUGUUAGCCCAUGUUCACACAUUGGGGGACAUAAGUAUGCUGGAAAUGUUAUCAUAUUUGGAUCAAGCAUCAACGGAAAAGUCACUGGACAUUGGUAUGGGUAUGUUGCUCCAGAUGAUGUGUCUGUAUUGCUUCAACAACAUAUUGUAAGAGGGGAGAUUCUAGACUCACUGUGGAGGGGCCAGUUGGGUUUAUCACAAGAUGAGCAGAAGAAAAGCCAAGACCAAAGGCUUCAGCUGAAAGAAAGCAUGGAAGUGCUUAAGCAGAUGAAGAAUGAUGAGAUAAGCACUGAUGUGUAUGGAAAUCAAGAAGACAACUUUCUGGGCUGCUGCCAAGAGAAUGGAGACUCUUCCUGCUGUCAAAACUAUGUGUUACAGGAAAACACAAAUGAUUCUGAUGCCAUUGAAACACAGGCGAAUUUCCCAGCUGAAAAUGGGAGUGGUAAGACCUUGAUUUCGCAAUUUAAUAGCAGAAAAGGAGCCUCCCGCAAACUCCGUCCUUCCGUGCCAACUUGGCUUGACAGCUGGGAGCAUGAAGAUACCUAUGCUGCACUUGCUGUUGCCUGUGCUGCAGUGUCUGUUUAUUUUGCCUAUAGAUGCUACAAACAGUUAAGAGAAACCAACAAUUGAUUGGCUCUUUUAGCAAUAUGGAUUAGGAUUAGGUAAGGCAACUUCAUUUUAAUUUUUUUGUAUAUCAAUAUGAUGUCGCAUGAUGCUAGUGCGGUUCUCUGUAAAAUCAUCCUCAAUUAGACUUGAGUGGAAAGUGUGUGAGCUUAGUAAGCAAAUCAGUUAUGUACAUAUUUAAAUUCUCCCUUCAAUGAAUUAGUUUGUAACAUCUAUUGAUUUUAUGGAGAUCAUGCUUAUUUCUUGAAUUGACUACUAAA